AUGGCACUCUUCAUUGAUCUGGAAGUCGACGACGACGGCGGCGAUGCGCAGGAUCCCAGUAGUAGUCGCCAGUCUGUUGGGCCACCGGUAGCCGCCCUCGAUGCGCCGACUACGCCGACCGUUUGCAACGCUACAACCCGCGCCUUCCAGUGCUACCCCAUCGUCGUCGGUGUCGUUUCUCACGUCGACCUCGUCACCCUCGACUCGCUCGCCCGCACCAGCCGCAUGAUCCACCACGGGCUUGUCCAGUACCGCGCCGCCCUCGUCGCCGCGACGCUGCACUGCACCAACGAGACCCUCGCCGUCGGCCCGGACGCGACGUUGCGGUACCGCGCCGACAAGACGGGCCUUUGCGCGCGCGACAUGAAUUGCACCAUCAAGUCCCCGGCUUCGAGCACCCUGCGGGAACGCCACCGUCGACUUUGCGCGCCGUGCGCCAAAGCACCGCUUGAGCAGGUUGCCUGCCCGGGCCUGGACAUGAGUCUGCCCCAGAGCGCUGACACGAUGCGGCGCGCGUUGUGCGACUGCGAGUCGAGCGGCGUUUGGCUGUGCCAACCCUGCGGCCGCACCAUCCGCAACGCCGACCACGACUAUAUCCGCAUCUGGCGCUGGCGCAACCACUACGGCGAGGUCCUCGGCUGCCUGGGCACCGGCAUCGGCGACGCUGACCGCGGCGUCAUUUGCGGCCGCGAGGAGCAGUGCCUGGCUGCGCGGGAGCGCGAGCAAGAAAUCGAUUGUGACGCCGAAGAUGCGCGCAGCAGCCGCACACCAUCCACCUCUUCGUCAUCUGAUUACAACCCGGCCACGCCCCCCGGCGGCGGCGGCCACGACACUUCGUACUUCUCCAUCAUUGCAUCGUCGCCAUCGGACUCCAACACCAUCGAGUUCCUCAUGGGAGAGGACGCCGCGGCCCGCGCGCGCACCCCUUCGCCGCUGCUCCUCGGUCCCGGCUACGAGCGCCACGAGAUUGAGGGCAUCGGCGGCAUCGUCAAGCGCAAGCUCGUGCGCAUGGUCCGCGUCGGCCGCUGCGUGCCCGAGUGGGAGGAGGAGCGCACGUCGGCCCGCGUCCUCGGGAGGGAGGCACGCGGCGAGGCCCGUAGCUGGUGCGGCUGGUGCCGGCGCGUCGUGCCCGGCCGUGAGGACCUCCGGCCAAAGGACGCCGACACGAUGCUGCCACUGAGGGCCGGCGUGCAGACAGCGGCGAAGAAGACGCAGAAUCGCCCGUCGCUGACGCCGAUGGUGUGUGCGCCGGUUAGAAGCUGA